AUGGCAUCUCGAGAUGACGAGAAGGAUUUGCAAGGGUCCUUGAACCCGGUAUUGAAGAGCGGAUAUUUCAUUAGUAAAAACAGUCAGGAUGUUGUCAUCCCACCUGAGGGCAUCGAGAGAGCUGCGAGUUCCAUAUAUCAAAUCAUGAAAAACAAAAGGUACUCUUACACAAUUUGGAAGCAGCAUAAACUUCACCCUAAAGUCGCUGACGAAGAGGCGAUCGAUUGGAUCUUUUUGGUGGAUUUGUUGAAUUUUUCAUUUUGGUCAGAACUCGAUGAGGAAAAGAAUGAAAAAGGGGAGGCACGGAAUUCAAGGUUUUCAAUUGGUUACAAGGGUGAACAGUACACGGGAUACUGGUCGCUGUGCGCAGCAAUUAAUCGAGCGCUUGAUGAAGGAAUGUCAAUUACAAAACCAUCAUUCUAUUCAUCCGAGAUGAAACUAUCGGAUCUCGACAUUUCCCAUGUAUUCCGCUCGUCUACACAAGAAAAGAUGCCAUUGUUGGAUGAGCGGAUCAGGUGCAUCAGAGAAGCGGGAAAGAUUUUGGUGGAGAGAUUUGAAGGAAGUUUCAUUAAUUGCAUCAAGGAGGCAAGAAAUUCGUGUAUGAAAUUAUUGGACAUUAUCAUCGAGAAUUUUAGUUCAUUCAGGGAUGAAUCGACAUUUAACGGCGAAAAAGUUGUGUUUUAUAAACGUGCGCAGAUAUUGAUUGCAGAUAUUUGGGCAUGUUUUGAGGGCGAAGGUUUUGGGAAAUUUGAUGAUAUCGAUGAAAUCACGAUGUUUGCGGAUUAUCGAGUUCCUCAGGCUCUUCACCAUCUAGGCGCCAUCUCUUAUUCCGAUAACCUCUUGAGAACAUUAGAGUCAUUCGUUCUGUUGCCAAAUGGUUCCAGGUUGGAAAAAGAAAUUCGCGGAUGCUCCAUCUGGGCAGUGGAACUUUUGAGGAGAGCUAUAAAAGAGAGGAUCGAACGCGACAACACACACGAAUUGAUACCAAAAUUAAAUGCGAUUACAUUGGAUUUUUUCAUAUGGGAUUUCGCCAAAGAACACCUUGACGAAAGUUUGGUCAUACAAAUCAUUAUGACAGAUCGUCGUUGUUACGAAAGGUCGCACAAUAAUUUUUGUGAAUUAUCAAAACCUGAUGCGAUCCACCCUGGGGGUACCAAAGAGGAUGAUACAAAUAGGAUGAAAAGGAACAAUAGGCAAAACAACAAUUGGGAUCGACCCAAAAUCAGGAUUUCACACUCCAGAAUUAUAGCAUCAGCCGACUAUUUCAAUUUUAAUAAAAUUAAUAUGUUGCCCCGCGGCCAUAUAGACGGAAAAUACGCAAGUGUGAUCGUGAAAGAUCGCAAUAACGUGAGUCGGUCUUCGGUUUAG